AUGCGCUUCUCUGCCAUUGCCCUCCUCUGCCUCUCAGCUAUUAUGCCUGUGAUUGCUGCCCCUGUGGCUGAUGGUGCUGUUGUGGAUGGUACUGUUGAGCAGAUUGGUGAUGAAAUCUGGAUUACCAAACGCUGCUGCAUUCUCUGCGACAAUGGAAACCGUUGCGGCUCGAACGGUGUACCGAUGUAG